GUCUCCAGAAAAGUCUUGUUCUUCGGUUCAAUGGUGGCACAUCUUUGUACAUCUUUAAAAGCCAUGUCGAGUUUACCUAGCUUCUCCAGAGCUUGGCAACGCCGGUAUAAGGCUUUAAUAUCAGCUGCAUCGACAUCGAUGGCUAUUUUAAAGGAAGAAAGAACCAUAAUGAGCUUGUAGAUGUAUGUUUUCAGUAACACUGGUGUCUUAGCUCUUAUCAUUAGCUUUGAUUAUAUAUGCAUUACAUUACCUUUAGAUGCAUCAGCUGCUGCAUUUGCAUAGCUUUCCUAAGAGAAAAAUAGAAACAUCAAAACAUACUGCCACAUUUACCAAAUAGAUAACAAAUACAUUUAAUCUGGUUAUGCUUACCUUUUUCAGAUAGCAUGCAGAUCUGUUCCGGUGUAUGACAGCAAGCACUUUUUUGUCCUUGCACACCUGAAUAGCUUUAGUGUAGCAGUCAAUGGCUUUGUCAAUCUCUCCUGCUUGGAAGUGUUUGUUCCCCUCAUCUUUUAACUGGACCGGGUCUCCCAUCUGAUAGUGAAAAGGGAUUAUUAUGGAAAACAAAAUCCGAUCAAUCAAGAUCAUUAAGUGUUCAGUCCUUCAAGUUACAUAGUUCCUGUUUGACACUAGUAACCAAUGAUUAAUGAUUUCAGUGUCAUCAGUUACUUAAAUUAAAUCUAUAUUUACUGUCACAUACAUUCACAGUGAAAUGUUUGUUAGUUUUUUUGGUGUUAAAACAUGACUUAUGAAUAAUAGAUUGGUACAGAGGCAUGAUUAAAGACCGAAAGGUUUGAAAGAAGCAAGUGAAGCGAUGAGCAGUAAAACCAGAAUUUGACACAAACAAUAUCCCAAAUAAUAUAUUAGAAACAAAUCCGCUCAACACUUGGACUCUUUCUGUCCUUUUGAAAGAAACGAGAAUUAAAAAGAGCACAUUAGGUGCUGAAAACUUAAACUGCCAACCAGCAUAUCCCAUUAUUUUACUUUCAUCUUACAGAAUAAUGACUAGUCUAUCCUCAUAGGCUAUAAUUCAAAACUACUUUAGAAAUGUUUUUAUUCCUACCUUUGUAGUUAACCAGUGUCCUGUAGACUUGUGUCUCCUGGAGCAAAUGGUCAUGCACAUGCUAUCUCUAACUUUAAAUGGCCCCCCUCAAGCCUUAUUUGGGCAUGGACUAAGACCCCUGUAGAGGCCUUGCAACAAAUGCUGCUGUCCUAAUGGACAGUAAACCAUCUCCCACUACUUCUCUGAUAAGUAAAAUUCACACUUCUCCAUAUCCUUACCCUACAUAGCCACUGUAUGUUUUAAGAUCCGUUCAAACAGCAGUUUAACCACAGACCUUUGUAGAAGCUUUACACUACCUUCAAGACUGUGUAUUGUAGUUCUUGCUCAACGUGGACAGCUUGGUUCCUCAAGUCCCUCGUGCUUGUUACAAACUCUCUGUCUUAUGAAACCUUCCCCCACAAACUCAAUUUAUAUUUAUAACGUACUCAAUGAGGUGGGGCAGGACAUAGACACACCAUUCUUCACACAGAGGGGCUCAUAGGGACACAGUAAAACUGGAAAGAAAAACUUUUCCAAGAUAGUCACUGUAAAGUAAUAGACCUUGCACUGCAACCAAUAAACUUCCAAAGUUUCUGAGAAAUCAAACGUUUUUGAAAUAAAAAUCUAUUUUCCAUUCAAUGAAGUCUGCGAGAAAGAGCACCCCCUCUAAGGUGGUCUGAUCCUGAUAAGGUCUAUUUAGGGCAUGGACAGCUGAGAACUCACCAGCAAAUGCCUGAUGCCCCAGUGGCGGAGGAGGGCUCUGAAAAAAAGUGGGUGUCUGUGGACGGGUGGGGGGCUGACAGCUGUAAGAUCACAGAGGAACCUAGUAGCUUCUGGAAAGAGAAGGAUCUGGAAACAUUGGGGUCAGGCAUUCUGUUGUGAUGGCAAGAGUUCUAGUCCUGGGUAGGAGAGCGCAAAACGGAUCCAUAAGUGUGUUGACCAGUGCAUGGUAGGGUGGAUUAAAGGCCCUUGGUGAAUAAAAAGAAACAAAGGAAUAUCUCCUACACAUAUAGUACAAUCAAUACAAUUCAACCUCAAAGUGGUUAACAUUAUAAAGACCCACCACUCUGGCUAAUAAAGACUGGUGUUAUUAUACAUGAGCGGUUAAUUUAUCAGCAUACUCACUAUGAGGCUAAAUGAGUAAAAAGUGACACCAUGCACAAAACUGCUAAAUUUUUACAGAACCUCUAUUCAUACUCUAGUUAGCAAUAGUACAUCAAAAGUUAUUGAGACUAGCUAUAAGAAACUAUGUGACAGAAGCUUAACAGAUGUGACUUUAGUAAGAUGAACAAAUCCCACUACACAGUCAAGAUUAUUAUUAUCCUUUGCUCUGAUUAUUGUAUUUUUUAGAACAAUUUAAAUGUUACUCUUCAUGAGUAUAACCUCCACGUUUAAGCCUUUUUGUACUCUCUUGGUCUACAUUCUAAUUCAUCAGUGCAGUCAUUAAACUGGUAAAAGAUCGUGUUAAUUUCUUUACUUUACUGUACCAAACACCUUGGUUAUGUUACAGCAAUGGUCAUUUGCAGUUUAUCCAAAGUUGAUUGUACCAAUUUGUGCUUGACUUAUUAAAUUUCAUAAAUGGUUUUAGGAUUUCAAGCUUCUGGGUAAAAGUAAUGUGCAACCUGUUAUUACACAUGUGUUUAUUGUUCAGAGCAGAUUUCAGACUGAUAGAGAAAUCACUUGAUUUACGUAGCUGUAACAAGACCUUUGCUUAAAUAACUCAGAGUUUUUGACUUGACUGAUUUUUGGCGCAUGAAUUUGCAAUUCACACCACUAGGUGGCAUUAUCCAGCUUGGCAAAAUCUUAGACUCCUUGAACGGUGGAAAUUGGGUCACAUUCUCUACUGGAAUCAAGCAGAAUUAUCUCCACCACUCAAAAAACGUCACAAAUUUCAAAUGAUGUCUAUUGUCAUGUUCAAAUAAUACCAGCAUGAGUGAAAGACAAUGGCAUUGAGUCUGACCAAUAUUUUUGUGUCGAAGUCACAGGUACCAGGCGAUGCAACAAUUAGAAUACUGCUACAGAACCGAACUUGGCAGGGCAUCCAUUAUUGUCUGAUCCUCUUAGCAACUUCAUUUACAGAGUUUAUGGUUGGGCAUGGAGACCUAACAUUAUUUAAUCGGAAAAUACUUGCUGACGGGCAACAGAGGACUAGGCGGGUUAAAUUUUUGGCUGGUUUAAUUUGAAAGUGUAGGACCGGUGUUCUGUUAAAAACUGCUUCCUAUCAAAAUGCGCCACAAAGCGACUCUGCGCAUGCCCAGACUCAGGAGCGCUUGCCACUCCUCGGAACAUCGAAGCUAUUGAGAUAUUAGUCUAUCGAGUCUUUUUCAUGAAAAUAAAGUGUAAAAUGUGUAAUACAGUUCCAAAACAGACGUGACACAAUGCAGAGAGAACUACCGAACAGGGGACGCUGAAAUACGCUUCUUUUGGAUAAAAGUUUUACAGUUGAAACAUGGUCGCUCACCUCGCAGGCCUCCGUGUGAACCUUUUUGAUAAAGUAGCCCAAUUCCGCAGAACACCGGAAACACUCGGCCAUCGUUGGUGGCUACGUAACGCUAGCUCAUUCUGUUGCCUGCAUCUUCCUUCCCGGUUAAAGACUGCCAAACACAAGAGGCUGUAAUUAACGAUUCAUUUCAAGUCUUUUACCCUGCUUUUGUUACAUAUUUAAGUAAUGCAGAAUGGCUUCGGGCUUUGGGAAGAUUGUCGUCGGUACUUAUGUGGAAAUCAAGCGCAGUGAUGGUAAGUUUCACCCUGUCUAUUCUCUUCCCGUCGGACUGUUGAAGUUCUUUGGGUAUCUUUGUUGUUGCGGUGCUGUUGGAUACAGAAACCGUUGUUCCCUGUCCGCAGAGCGGAACCUUCACGUUAGCUGCACGGAAACCUUUAUAUGAGCUGUCAGGGCGGAGUGCCUCAACAUGAGCCUUUGCAUGGGCUCCUACCUUUGUUAGCUAGCUGCCAUACAAAUCCACUGUACAGCUGCCGUUGGCUGGGUAGUCACUGCUUGGCAACACAGAAUGCUCACAAUUGGAUUUUAAUUAACCUUCAACACGGUCUCUGUUGUACUGAAAGCACGUUAUCCAAAUCAUUAAUUCUGAAGAGGUAUACUAAUUAAAACUUAGCUAAGCGGGCUAACUUGCUAGCUAAGCUAACAUCAUUUCGGCAGAGAGCAACAUCAGCUUGUGACCAGCUAGCCGGCUAGCGCUCGCUAAUGUUACCGGCUUAUUAGAUAAACUCAACAACAAUUCGUUUAGCUGAAAAUGCCUGGCCUAUUGGUUGUAAUUCAUGGAUAGUAGUUUACCGAGAUAUUGUCUGGACUGUCUGGUUGACGUCGGUUGUUAUGGAAACGGCAUUAACGUCAAAAAUCAAAAUCUAUCGAUACAGGACGAAUUUUAAAUAAUGGCGACAUUGACAGACUUCCCCGUUUCCAUGUUGGUUUUGCUGAUAAUAUGAAGGCAGCUCUUUUUUAUUCUUAGGUUCAUUGGGACAGGGAAAGGAAUAGCAUUCAGUAAAAGUUACGUUGAUUCAAUUUAUGUUUUAAAAAUAACCAAGGGCACGUCUGGGUUUACAGCAGAACUGCUCCACAGUUAUCAUAACUAAUUUAUUUAUUUAGACUGUCAACAAAGGGUAGAAACUGAGAUGGAGCUGGUUAUACGACUUUCUCUGUGGGAAUUUCAGCUUCAUUCUUCCUAUAUUGUGUAGUACUUUAGCAUGGCUUUCUGACCAGAGGCCAAAGAUGAGUGAAAAGUUUGUGUAAUUCCUGUUAGUCUUCCAGUAUUAGGCCUCACCCAGUGAUACUGUUUUGGGCAAAAGCCUUGCACAACAAAUAGUCUUUUCAACAAAGCUCUGUAUUGAAGGCAAACUGUUUUAAUCUCUAAGCAAGGGUGUGUUUUUAACAGUUGUUUCCCUGGGGCAAUCGCUAAGAGUAUUCUCAAUAGACCGGGAGAAAGAUGUGAGAGAAAUCCUAAGCAACUAGUGGAGAGUGGAGCAGUUCUGUCAGUCCAUUUCCCUGCUGGUCUGUAUUGCAUCCAGAGUAGGGAUUGCCCGAUCUCUGGGGGGUAGGUGGCGGGUCUGGUUCAGAUUCAAGCCAGAUUCAGGCCAUUAGCCACCACCCCAUCUGUUGCAACCAGCUCCCUCAAUUCUGCCAGGACUCUCUCUGGCUUAAUCUGUUUUUUUUUUCCCUUUCAUAGUCAGGCCUGAGGACAACACAAAAAAUGAUUUUGUGCUAAAUUAGUUAUUGCUCACUGUGUUAUCAGCAGUUCAAAAACUUGUUAGCUAUGUUCAAAUGUAAUAAGAGGUUUUCUAUUAUAUGGUUCACACAGACCAUGUGUUAUUAAGCAUUCACUUUUGUGUGCAGUGUUAUAGUACUUUGUAUGGUUGAGUGCUAAGGCACAUAGGCCAUAAUCAUAGCUUUGUGAACAUGGACUGUACAAUUUUCUUGACAUGCUAAUACAGUUUUAUUAAUGGGUGUCUUUUUUGGUAGUGAAAUUGAUGCUACCAAGGCUCUGUUUGUUCCUCAGGCUUAGCAGAGCUUGAAUCACCCUCUCUUAAGCCCCUUUGACUAUUGGGAGGUGUCAGCACCAUAAUCAUCCAGCCAGGUUUUAGCACGAAAGUAGGACACAGUGGGCAGUUUGUUUGGUUACAACAAAUCUGAAUAUCAGUUGCUAUAAGACAAGCCACUGUGUGACUCUGCCAUCCAGCCCAUGUGACUAGAAAAUGGAGUAGGUUGGUUGUAUUGGGUGGAUUAGCUGGUCUAGUGGGUAGCCACACAACAGUGUCUGAAUUUUGUUUGUAUGAAUUAUUGGCCUAAUUUGCUGGGCCAAUAAUUCAUUGAUAUGCUGAAAUGACUUAUCAAAUGAUUGCUUGACUCACUGUAGCUAAUCACUCACAAAUAAUACUUUUAAUUUGACAAAGCAUCAUUCUUAAUGAUAUGACCCACUGUAUAGCUGUAAAGAUUUUUGUCACUUUCCCACUGACUAUGUAUGCAGUGUCAUUGUAACAUCCUGUAAUAAAGAGCUAUUUAAAAAAGGUGUAAUAUUUGGACUGAAUGAUAUACAUAUACUAUUUUAAAUGACAAUAUCAUCAAGUGAAAAAAGAAGAAGUCCCCAGUUGGGCCCCUGCCUUCUCUGUAGAGGGAGAGAAGGCAGGAGAGGGAAGUUUGUACUAUAAAAAAAACACUGCCAUGGAGAUGGUAUUAAGCUAGCUCAGUCUGUGGCUGCAACAGGUUGGACAGGCCCCCUUCAUGUUCCAUUGUUGUGUGUGGUGUUACUGCUUCCACUCUAAGGUCAUGAAGUAUUCACCUUUGAUGACUUGGCUACUAUACACAGUGCCCUUGCUUAGGAUUUAUGUCAUGGUUUGUUGCUCUUACUGACACAUUAUGAAUUUGCAAAAUCUUUAAUCCUAAUGUUUUUGCCACAUAUUUUAUUCACCAUAGUUACUCUAUUUUCUCCCAGAAUGUUGACUUGUGCUUGUUUUCACAUAACUUUCUAUUUGCCAUCAUUAUGUGAAGACACCAUGAUGAUUUUUCUAAGUUUCUAACAGUAGAGACAAAAUCCUCUGAGGGUAUAUUAUGGUCCACUGUGUGCUCAAACAUCUUACCUUUACAGCAGAAUUGCAAAGAAACAGAUCCUAUCUCACACUUCUUUGUCAAACUGGUUCACUUAGUUCGAUUCUUUAUUGUGUUUCUAAAACUGGCUGAACUAAAACAUGUACAUUCAGUGUGAUAAUCCUUGUAAUUCUGUAUUUUGGCUCUUAACUUUGAACCACUGUGGAAUAUUUUGCAGGUACACAAGUACACAAGUUGAUGAGGAUAUAGCUCAGUUGAUAUGUCAAUCUGCUUCACUGUUAAUAAUACAGCAUGUGGUUGUCUUGAGUUGUGGCUGCACAAGCCCACAAGCUGCUUUGGUUCUCAGACGUGACCACUGACAUUAACAGAGCUCAGAUAUAUUUUCUUUGUGUCUCUUUUUAAUCACAAGUUAAAACAUACUAGCAGAAAGCAGCAGUGAUUUGCUGGGCCUUGCAUGACCCUCUGUUGCCUGUGUAUCCUAUGAGUGCUGCAGUCAUAGUUGGACCAUGACAUUCUCGCAAAACUCAAGAAAAGUGCCUGUUAUUCAAGCAGUCCAAGAGAUUUUUUAAAACUAAUUAUAUCAUGGAUCAACAAUUGAAUUUUCACAAUCACAUUGUUCAGUCCUAAAGUCUUUCUAUCGUGCAGGCUAAUCAUAAUAAAACCGUAACAGUUGAGCAGAGAACCAAAAACAGAAGCAGAUGCCUUUAGAGAAACGAUGAGGGACGACUCACUGAUUUCAAUGCUAGGAUGAUGGGGAACUUUAGACUUGUUCUCGAAUUUGACAAAUUACUUAUACCUUUACUUUACCUGACUCUUCUAAUGAAAAAACAGGGUCAUUAAAAAGUCAUUAUUAUUGAUUAUGUAUUUUUUCUCGCAGUUGUAAGAAUGGUAUUUGCUUUAGAAAUAGUAAGACAUGGGCUCUAUGCACUGAUCCACUACUUCCUGAACUUAGGGCUGCUCCUUUAUUCCCUGUCUUACAUCAUGGGACAAACUGAUUAAUCCAGGUGAGUCUGAGUAGUUACAAUGAUUAGUCACACCUGGAUUAAUCAGUUUGUCUGGAAGUAGUAGAUAGGUGCACAGAGCCCAUUGGUAUUGGUUGAAUAAUAACUUUUAUUCAUUUAUUAUCAAGCAAUUUUUCUUAUUGCUCCAGCAUCAUCUAUCUUAACUUCAGUUCAUACAUUUUAAUUCAGCUGUUUUUCAUAUCAUAAUUAGGGGUCAAUGGUUGUUGGUUUUUCAGGGUUGAUUUUGAUUAUUAGCAGUUAAUGACACGAUAACUAUUAUUUGGAAGCACUGUGCAUUGACAGUACAACUGAAAAUGUCUCAGUCAUAAUGUAAGGUUAUUAAGAAUAUUAAGAGUAAUAUUAAGAAUAAAAUGUAAGAAUAUUGCAAAAUUUUUGCCUGACUGGCUGAAUUUUGAAUAUCAGCCUAGGACUGGGCAAUUACAUGAUUGCAAUCAAUGAUCGUGAUAAGUUUCAGUUCGAUCACGGUGAUCAGCUGUGCGCAUAUUUGCUCAAUCAAACAUAACUGAAAUGUGCAUCACAACAGCCAAUCAGAGUCGAGCUUUUCCUGCUCACUGCUGUACAUUGCCGGAGAAGUAAACAGCAGAAGUAAACAGAAUGACCGAACAUGGGGCUAAACGCUGAGCUGAGGGCAGUAAAAUAGAUAUCAGCUGUGACUUUGAGUCAUCCUCCGGAGAUGUUAUUGUUGAGAAGUCAUUCAGCGUCAGUUGUGCGGUGGUGGUUCGGGUAUCUCCAAAGUGACGUCAAGCAAUUAAGCCGAUGUGCAAUUUACAAGCCAAUCUACGUUUACAUCAUCAGUUUUUUUAAAAAUCGUGAUAAUAGUCGAGAUCGGACAAUAUGACAAAAUAUAUCGUGAUCAUUUUUUAUGCCAAAUUGCCCAGGCCUAUAUCAGCCCCAAUAAUCGUCCAAGGCUGAUAAUCAGUGUACCCCUAGUAAGAUGUACCUCUGUUGUAUGUAAUGUAUCACAUACCCUACUGGCUCAUCAUUAUUUGAUAAAUGAACGAUGCAUUGCAUUUAUCUCCAAGAAGUAUUAAACACGUAUACAUGGGAGAUUUGCAGUCAUCAAAGUGCAUACUAGUCUUUCUUUCUACCUCCAAACUCCCCCAGUUUUAAAGAUUUUGCCUGUUAUCUGUUUCCGAUCAUUUUCAAAGUAAGUCAGCGAAACGUUGAGCAGUUGAGAACACUAAAAGCAUCUUCACUCGCUUGUUCCCUGCGAGUCUCUGAAUAAUAGAUAAAGGAACAUGGUGCUUUCCUGAACUGUGCUUGAAUUUACAGCGAACAGUUAGCUCCACACGGUCAAAGAUGGGAGGAUUGAGCGGUCACUUUACAGCUGGUAUCAUUACCCUGCAGACAGAGAGGCGGAGAGAUGUAAAGCAGCUGUGUUUAGCUCUGUUACCAGUGAUUUUCUCCAGUGGGUCAUUAUCAAACGCUCCUUCCAGAUCUCACCAGGCUCAGCCUAAUUUCUAUAGCCUUUCCAUCUCAAACUUGAAGAACCAAUUUGCAUCCCAAUAUUUGAUUUGUUGAUGCCAAAAUCUGUUGGCCACUAUUACAGUGAGCACAGGCUGGUUUUAUGGUUUUGAUGCUGCAUUUGAAGCCGUCCUGUCUAACUACUGCCCUCUUUUUAUAAUUAAUUGCCAGAUAAAGUGAUUGAAUCUCUUUUUUUUUAUCAGGCUUAUUAUCAGGCUUUCCGUGUAUUCAUUUAACAUAGGCACUACCAGCAGUGACAUGCAGCCCUCUAUUUGUAUGAAUGGAUAAUAGAGAUUUGGGGAGUUAUUACAUAGAUUCAAAUCAAAGUGGAACAAUUCAGCUGACAGCUGUCAAACAAUAUACAAGACUACUAGGGCCCGACCAAUAUGGAUUUUUCGGGGGUCCGAUUAAUCAGUAAUUUUAAUUUAAGUGAUAUAUCGACAUAUUGUCUUUUCUUUCGGUGCCUCCGCGUCUUAACUCAUGUUACUCAUUUCCGGUCCGGUCUCAUCUGGAGACAUGCAUCUGCCUCAGUAAGAGAAGUAGCUCAUCACAUAAUGUGUACUGUUGUUUAUUCUACCGUUACUGGCACGGCUAACAGUGUAGCAAGGCUAAUAGCAGGUGGCUAACUCAAACUUUAGCUUGCAUAUUACAAGGUGCUUCACCGUUAACUCGGCGUGACCGAAACCAGCACAGUGGGGAACAUCAUGAAGUGGGUUGAACUGAGACUUGUUGACUUAUUGUGUAUUUCACACACUAGUUUAUUUGCCGCUGGGACGGACCACUCUCCUCCGUGCAUCCCUGUCCCUGCCUGCUUCAGAUCCGUCACUCUGCUGUGCUGUGAGGUAGUUAGUGGAUGAAGAUUGUCAUGAGGUCGCUGCGCCAUCUACAUGGCAGAACAUUUUUGAAGUGAAACCGAAUCUUAUUCUCGGCAUGUUAUUUCUGAAAUAUCGGUGACAAUCGGCGAGUUUUGGCCGAUUACCGAUUGGUCUCAAAUGAGCUAAAACUGGCCGAUUUAAUUGAUUCGCCGAUAAAUCUGUCGGGCCCUAAAAAUUACAGCCCCACUGUGUGACAUGUAACAGUUUUAGACAGCUAAAACAUUAGAAAUAUGUUCCACUCUGACCCUCAUUUUACAGCAGUGUUGCACCCCGAAAUAUGAAUCUUGCAAACAGUGGUGUCUGAUAGGUUACAAAUAUAAUUCAGCACAUUGUGAAAAUCAUAUCACCUUUGGCAGAGUUUAUUGCCCUGCUGUGUUUCAAAGUAACAGGUCGAUUUAAUGUGGGAGUACUAGACUCAGAUCUGAUCAGGCUUUAGUAAUGAGGCCAUAACCUUGCUAAUAUGCAAACUGAGGUAUUAGUGAAAUCCAGUUUAUUUCAGUCAGUGUGUGCUUGUGUAUGUGUGUCAGGGAGAAAGAAAAGGAAAAAUUAUACACUUGACUGAAGAUAUAUCUCAGUCAUUCUUAGCUUAUCUUUUCACGACUGAAAUGAGGUUAAGGACAAAGAUGAAGAAAAACAUGCAAAGGUCCUAGUUUGGGGUUUUUGUAAAGACCAUCUUGACUUUUUCUGAUGUUUGUGUUGUCCAUGUUCAUGUUACUUUCACAGGACGUAUACAUCAGGCAAUGGUCACCUCUCUAAAUGAGGACAACGAGAGCGUCACAGUGGAGUGGAUAGAGAAUGGAGACACCAAAGGAAAAGAGGUAAACCACCAUUCAUUACCCUGUAAAGUCUCAGCAUCAACACAAUGUGCUUUUGUUUUCAUAGACAACCAGCCUGCAUUUACUACAAUCCCACUAGACGUUGCCCUUUAAACUGGUGUGCAUGAGCUAACACAGUCUGUUAGUCCGGUCCCAAUGUGUCCCAAACAGUAGACACAUAACAAAAGGCCAUAUUUGAGACUGUUAAACAACAUUCAUGCUUUCAUUUAUGGAUGUAAAAAAUACUGAUGUAUGGUUAAUCACUUUUUUUUAUUAAUUCUUACCUCUUAAUAUCUUCAAAUUUUAUUUUACAUUCAUCAGAUUGUGGCUGUCAUCAACUUGAUUACCUAUCAUUUAUUACAUCGUUACUCAAUGGUAAAUCCAACUCUCAAGGGAAAGAGAGCAAGUAAAGCUCGGCAGCUCAUUAGAUUCAGACUUCAGUGUGAAUCUCUGUGACAGUCUGCCUGCCAGUUUACAUAGAGAGAAACUAGUUUAAUUUCACAAAUUAAGAUAGAAGAUGUCAUGGAAACUAUUUACAAUGCCUAAAAACUAAACCCCAUUUAUAUGUAAUGGCCUCACAUUUGGUGAAUAUAAUUGAGCCUCUACGACACCUCUGUUGCCCCCUAAAAAAAGCAGUCUUUUUACCUAGAUUUUCAUAGAACGACUGGCAUUCACUAGUAAUGUUUAUUUUUUGUUAUCCCAUUUUAAGGGUGAUGCAUGGAUGCAGUGACUAGACUACGUAUGAAUUGGCAUACAUGUAUCUUCUGUCAGUAAUAUUCUUUUUCUGGACAGAUCGACUUGGAGAGUAUAUUUGCACUUAACCCAGAUGUGGCUCCAGAUGAAGAAAUUGCCCCUAGUCCAGAAACUCCACCCCCACCCACUCCUGCAUGUGUGAAGGUCAAUAAAAUUGCAAAGGUAAAUACUACAUGUGUUUUUAUGCAGCUUCAGCUACAGUAAACCAGUGUAAUAUGAAUUGGAUUUGAAGACAUUUCAGAACUUUCUUUCAUAGAAGAGACUGAUUGCACUUGAAGUGCUCAGUCCUGCUCAAGUAGUUGGCAACAAUUCGUUGGACCUUAAUAUAGAACCAGUAUCCUUCUAAGCAACUAACUAAUUUGUCCUGUUAAGCACACAGUGUUAACACGGCGAUGCGAUCCUAAUCUUCUGUAAACCAUACACAGUGAUUAUUUGUGUGAAUGUUGCACAUAUUAUGUAGACAACUGUUGUCAAUAUAUAGCAAGGUGAUGCUGACUAGUUAUUGUUAUCAUAUUUACUAUGUGGUUCAGAUCACCAAGAAUGAGCUCUGUUACUCCAACAAGAUACUUGAAAUGAGCCUGUAAGGAUUUAUUAUUGAUUUGAUUGUGUUGUAUGUUAAGCUUUAAAGUAGAUUCAAUGUUCAAACAAACCCAUGACCUGCACAGGAAUAAGGCCUUUUAGAGUUAAGACAUGGUCAGCUCUUUUUAUUGACACUUUCGGAUGAGUUAAGCAUCAUCACUAACAUUAGUGCUAAUAAAGGAGUCUUCUGUGCUGAGCACUAAUCUGACUCUCAGGCUUUUUCUAUUUCUGUAUCUACAUAACAGCGGCAAGCAGAGGGGGCUGGAAACUGAACCAAGAUAAUUAUGUAUUUCUUUUUUACAAUCCUGAAUAGCAGGGAAUUUUUCUACAUGAAUACCAAUCCAGGAAUUACUCAACAGAAAUGCUGUUAUUUGAAAGUAUCUCAGUCCAUCCCAUCUGCAUUGAGAGAUUUUUUUUUUUUUUUGCAGAAUCGUCGAACGAUAGCACCUGUCAAGAAUGACACUCCGUCCAGGGAUAAUAGAGGUUUGUAUGAUGCAUUUCUCUUUGAAUCAUAAAGCGUCUUUUUCAUUGCACUUACAUUCCUUUCAAACCUAAAUAAAUUAGGAAGUCAUUUUAAAAGAGCAGACAGUCCAUUCAAACUCACCAGCAAAUAUCUCAUUAUUCCUGUAGCUUCUAACCAUUUUAUCACUUAUGCUCAUUUCCUCUGUUUACCAUUGAAAUCCUCUAUGUCACAAUUUUUUUUAGGAUUUGUUGACCUAAGAUAUACAUAAACAAAUAUUUCUUUGCUGUAAUGCUCAGUUCACCUAAAACUAGUGGAGUCCAAGGUCUGUUUCCUCACAGUAUAUAUACUGUAGAUACAGCUCUGCUAUUUUAAGUUUUAUUUAUAAACUGGUUUAAAUGUCGCUUGUAUUCAAAGUUACUUUUCUGUUUUAUACUUUCUGUAUGGUUAAUCAAAACACUUUUUUACUUUAAUUAUUUCCUGUGUUUGGUUGGUUUCCGUAGCUUUUAUUCCAAGAAGACAAUAAACAAAGCAACCACAAAGGUUUUCCUAAUUCCAUUUAUCCUAACAUGUGCAUCAUCAUCGAGCGAAAGGACUAUCUGAGCACGAAAAUAAAUGCUCACAGCAGCACAGGCCAGUCAUGUAGACUAUACUUUAGACUCUUUAUGGAGGAUUGCCAGUCAGCUACACUAAAACAGUGCUACAAUAAAUCUUCCCUAUCAAAUCUUGAUCUUUUCUUCAUCUCUGGUGUAAGAGAUGUGCUGAUUUACCCUUGUGAUCACCUGGAGGAUGUCGUUGAAUGUGGUGGUGUGCUUUGCCAGAAAGACAUUACAGAAACAAACUUGCAGAAUUAAAAGAAAUACUAGUUUUUACAUAAUGAUUAAGUUUUGAUUUUCUGAUGUUAAAGUUGUUCUUUUAACAUUUGUGAAAUAAACUCAAAUUAAUAUUGAAGCUUUUUCAUGAUGCCCAAAAGCAGAUAAGACCACAAGGGACCAGAUGGACGAUUUCUAUAUCCCAUUUUUUAUUAAACUGUUGCAAAGGGUGUGUGUGUCAGCCUUGCAGCUGAUGAAACAACCGUGGUUAUUACUAUUUCUCCAGUGAAUAUUCAAAAUAAAUGACACAUUUGACUGUAAGAAAUCAGCAGGAUGAGAUUUUUACUUCUCCAGCAUAUAGAGGACAAGAUGAUCAAAGAGUGCUUUGUCCACAGGAGGUGCCAAAAUUGACUCGAGGCAAAAGUUCCUCACAGUUUUGUUUUUAUUAGCUACAUCUAAUUUCAAACUUUGUAACAUUAUUAAAAGUGGAGCUGUGCAAGUCAAAAGUUGCCAUUUAUGGUUUUGCCUUUGUGUUUUAGGUAUUCCGACUCGCGCUCGACCCACACAGCCCCAACAACCCGAGCCUGCACCCCCGCCUCCAUCCCAACAGCCUGCACCUCCCGCUCAAACUCAGACACAACAGCAACUCCAGAAUGGUAAAACAGACAAAACAGUCAAGUCUUUAGAUUAAUUUAAGCUGUGGUCCGGUUGUUAUCUCCCUCCAUAGUUUGAAUACUUCCUUUCCAAGUUGUUGUCAGUAUUUAUUGAAACCAAUGAUUCAGGGCAUCUACAGAAAACCGAUUAAUGACCACAACUAUUGAAUGUCUAAUGUUCGUGUUUAUCACAGAAUCAUCACAUCAACUGAUAACCAGAAAGGAGUUUGGACAGCUUUGUAUGUAUGACCUGCAUGUCCCCCCCCCCUGUCCUCAAUGAUUCACGGUGAUUCUGAUAGAGUCCCCAUUAGAAACAGAGAGUCCUCUAGUUUUACAAAAAAAGAUAGUGCACCAAAAAUGUCUGCCUAAUGCUGUUCAGAGCUGUGGUGUUGAAGUAGCACAGACACAAUCCAUCCAACAGACAGGCUUUCUGGGUAUUAGACAGGGGGUAAAAAAAGCCCGUUCUGCUAAAGGCUGUCUGUCUUUCUCUGGUCUCAUUUCUGCUGAGUCACUCACAGCCACACUUGGAAAAGCCUGUAGCACUGCAGGUUACUCCUCUGGGCUCCGGCAGCAAUAGUCCGAGUCCUCUAUCUGUUCAUUCCUCACCAGCUCUUUGUCUCUGUAAAUGAGCAGAGGGAAGAGGGAGUGGGAAUCCCUGUAUCCCUCAUUCUCACCUAGCAGCUCCUCAACAGAAAGCCUGUGAGACUCACAAGUAGUGACAGCCCUUUCCCCCAGCGCUGACCCAGCUCAUCUUCUGCCUACAGAUUAGAGCAGAUUAUUAAUCCCUCUGCUCUGGUGGUGGACUCACAGGAACUGGAGCCAGCAGGAGGCCAGGACAGCAUUAUAGGGUCUGGACCAGACGUUGCAGUUAGAAGCUGGGGCGGUAGCAGGGGGCUAAUCAGAUAAUGCUGUAUUUUUAUUAACUCUGUGAGGACUCAGCAGAGACUUAAUUCACUUUUUUGAUCAUUUGAGUUUUCCUAUCAUGGUUACUAAUACUUGGACCUAAUCUGGUGGUAUGUUGUUGUGGGAAAUUUGGAAUAACCUUGAGGUUAAUCUGUAGUGGAUUGAAAACAAUAUUCCAAUCAUUAAAUAUUUGACGUCGCUUUUAAUUUGAAAUGCAGUGAUUGCCGUAAUACAAGGCACAUUUCCUAGUUUUAGCAGUCCCCUGGUCUAGCUGUGAUUAACAAUGCAAAUAAAUGGACAGAGCGGAUUUCGAACACACUGUAAAGGCCUUUUGUUGGUGAUGUGGAGAAAGCAGCUAGUGUUGUACUGGAGGCACUGUGUUCCAGAUACUGCAUCCUGGUCCCUGCUUGAGCACAGUUCACUGUUGUGCUUUGUUGGAAGUAGCCCAAGGUCUCCUGUCUGUUUAAAGUAAGACCAAAAAGAGGGGAAGACUCACUGGGAGGAUGAUGUUAUAACCAAGUGAAAAGGAGUGAAGAGAAAGAGUAGGACAGUGUGGGGAGUGGGCUGAGAAAGGAAAAGACCUGUGAACAUCGAGGCUAUGGGUACGCACAGUGGAAGGUAGUAGAGUAAGUGUUUCUCUUGUCUUAAUGGCAGCGAGGAGGAAGUCAAACUGCGUAAAGGAGGUGGAGAAACUCCAGGAGAAGAGAGAAAGGCGACGGCUGCAGCAACAGGAGCUCAGGGAGAAAAGAGCUCAGGUACAUCAGUAUUUUUCACCUCUCUUCUUCAUGUAUGAAUAACCAAACUUCUUAUUACGACUCAGUAGACACUUUCAUUCUCGACAUUUCUCGGGAAAAUGUGUUUUAAAAAAAAGAAGAAUUUGCUCCCGAUGACUUUGCUGACGGCUCACUCUGCUGUCUUUACUCAUCCUCCAGGAAGUGGAUACCACUAUCCCUAACUAUGAGAUCAUGUACAUGAUCCGGGAUUUCCGAGCCAGUCUAGACUACCGGCCUCUGACCACAGCAGAUCUGGUGAGCGGAUAUAUUUGUUCUCCUCUCCUUCCUCUUUUAAGAAGUUGACCCUCAGCAGCAUUGUGACGAAACGUUCUCCUCUGUUGUAACUUUGUAGAUCGAAGAGCACAGAAUAUGUGUUUGUGUCAGGAAACGUCCCCUCAACAAGAAAGGUGAGGUCUGAAAUCAGAAAUAAAACUUUUUAUUCCCACCAAAGUACAUAUGAGUUUGAAAGUCUUGUCUUUUCUGGUUCCAGAGUUGAUGGCAAAGGAUUUGGAUGUGAUAACCAUCCCCAGUAAGGACGUGGUAAUGGUUCAUGAACCCAAACAAAAAGUUGACCUCACCCGCUACCUGGAGAACCAGACCUUCCGCUUUGACUACGCCUUCGAUGACAGCACCACCAACGAGAUGGUUUACAGGUUUGUAGCAACAAACUGAGUCAUUCGACCGGUUUCAUUUGCUGAUGGUUCACAAGUGUUUAAGAUGAUUCGUCAGUAUGGUGUGGUCAAAUAACGGAUGGUCAGAUGAUGCUUGCUCAGUCCUGACUGAGUGUGUGUCCUGCUUUACACUACAGGUUCACUGCCAGACCUUUGGUGGAGACUAUUUUUGAGAGGGGCAUGGCUACCUGCUUUGCUUAUGGGCAGACGGGCAGUGGGAAAACACAUGUAAGUUACAAGCAAUGACUUCUUCAAAAAGCCCAAACUACAUAACAUACGAGGGAUCAAAUCUAAUUGUUCUGAUAAAAAAAAAUGUUAUAACCCAUGUUGAUCAUUUCAAAGUAUCUUUCCUCCUUUUAUAGUGUUGUAUUUUGUUCUUGUAGACAAUGGGUGGAGAUUUUUCUGGGAAAAACCAAGACUGCUCUAAAGGAAUUUACGCAUUAGCUGGUUAGUAAAUUAUCUGUUUUCUUUGUCAUGUUCGUGUUCUGAAAACCACGAAUUAACUCAGCUUAAUUAUGACGUUAUUUGCUCUUCACCUAUAAUCUCUUUUUCCUGCAGCUCGUGAUGUAUUUCUGAUGUUGAAAAAACCAAACUACAAAAAGUUAGAUCUACAAGUGUACGCAACCUUCUUUGAAAUCUACAGCGGGAAGGCAAGUGAUGAGAAAUCAUUUCCAACAUGUCAACUUUCUCAAAACAACAAAACCUAAACCCCUGCUGAAAUGUGUGUAUGUUCUUGUAGGUGUUCGACCUGCUGAAUCGUAAAGCUAAACUGAGGGUACUGGAGGAUGGCAAGCAGCAGGUGCAGGUUGUUGGGCUUCAGGAGAAGGAUGUCAAAUGUACAGAGGAAGUGCUGAAACUCAUAGAAGUUGGAAACAGCUGCAGGUAUGGCAAAAGAGAUUUUGAAUUAUUAUGUUUUAUCUCAGGGGAAGUCUUGUUUUUCCUACUCUAAAGAAAAGUGUCAGAUGUGGUAGUAGAAUAUAGCGUAUUGAUAGGGUAUUGAAAGUUAUUUCUCCUACAGUUACUGUUUUUUGGCGUUAGUCGGCCAUGUUUACCUGUUUGUUCAUCUUUUCCCAUUUCCAGAACAUCAGGGCAGACCUCAGCCAAUGCCCACUCGUCCCGCAGCCAUGCUGUGUUCCAGAUUAUUCUUCGAAGGAAGGGGAAAAUGCAUGGCAAGUUCUCACUCAUCGACCUCGCUGGGAAUGAAAGAGGGGCUGAUACAUCGAGCGCCGACCGUCAAACUCGUCUGGAGGGGGCUGAGAUCAACAAAAGUCUACUGGCCCUGAAGGUUUGUGAGCUGCAAUAGCCUAACAUUGUUACUUGAAUAUUUCCUGCUUUCACUGCUACUUCAGUUCAUGUUCAUCAGGCUCACACUGAUCCCAAAAGAGCUUUUUGAAUCUUUUUUGUAACGUCAUUUUUUUUCCGUCCUUGUUUCAGGAGUGUAUCCGCGCUCUUGGCCGUAAUAAGCCUCAUACCCCAUUCAGAGCCAGUAAGCUCACCCAAGUCCUGCGAGACUCCUUCAUUGGAGAAAAUUCACGCACAUGCAUGGUCAGUCCACUGCCCCUCUUUAACAUCCUGUAACAGAGUCUCCACAGCUCCACUGCUCAGUCAUAAUUUUAAUGAUCUUCCCCGCAGAUUGCAACAAUCUCUCCCGGUAUGACAUCCUGUGAGAACACCCUCAACACACUACGCUAUGCGAACAGGUGGGAAUAUGUUUCCCCUCUUCAGUGAUUUGGAAACUGAAUAGUUGCCACAGGAACCAAUGGAAAUUAUGCAAAUACAUAUCCUUAAGAUCCCCUCUACUCCCCAGUGUCUUUAGUGUUGAUCAUUGUUAGUCGCACCUGCAUUGUUGUAAAUUUCUCUGCCGUCUCUCAGUAGUUCUGUCUGACUCUCUUGUACUCCCUUCUCUCUUUUCCUUCUUUCUUUCCCUUUUCUCUCCUUCCUUCUGCUCCUCUGGGCCCGCCGCGUAGAGUGAAGGAGUUUGGGAUUAGUCCGUCAGACAUCCCCUUCUCCCAGGGUGGUCAGGGGAGUCGCCCCGACCACUCGCCCACCAAUACCUUUGAAUACGAUGACUUUGCUGCUACCUCUCCCAGCAGGUCAAGCAAUCCCCAUAGCACAGCACUGCAUGCAAUCACUAACACACAAACACACAUACAGUGUGCAUGUGUCCCUCACAGGUGUUCGUUUGCAUUAUUAAACACAUCCAUGAGACCAAUUAGCUGCCUUUAUUCCCUUCUUCAGCAGUUGCCAGCUGAAAACCUCCAUCAUGUUAUCAUUUCUAGUUUUCAUCUGCAUGCCGUUCACACUUUUCAUCCUUGUGCCUGCUCAGGCUUUGGCCAAGCUAAUACUUUUGGUUUUUAUUGAGCUGUGGGUGCAAAGAUAUUUGUUUUGCUUACUCCAGUAGAAUAACACAUCAGUCUGUUCAUGUAGGUUACUAUUAAUCGUUCUUUAUGACACCAUCAGUGCUGAGGUUUGGUUGUCAGAGAUGACCUUAAAGGGAUAAUCCGGCGUAAAAUUAAGUUAGGAUCAAACACACCGUAACACUGAGUUAGACACGCCCUCGAGAGAUGAAUGUUGCCGACUGCUUGCCUCUCUAGGUAUACCAACUUUAGUAGCGACAGCACGAUAGCAAUACACAGCGGUCUAUGUCUCUACACAUAAACUUCAGCCAAAACGCCACUAUAGCCAAAAUAAUGCUCAGAACAGCACAUAACUUCAUCAACAGUACAUAUAGAGUCUCAGCCAUAGUACUAGCCAUCAGACAUCUUUUUAGCUUUGGCUGUUUUUUUUUUUUAGCAAAGACAUAAAGCUCAACUUACCCACUCUUCUCCAGCAGCCGCUAGUUUGUGGGGGAGCCCUGACAAGUCGAUCACCGAGUGCAGCGGAGUUUCACAGCUCAAGGAAGAACAUUUAUGAUCAUUACGUCAUGGAAAUGCAAUCAGACCGAGACGCUGAGGCAGAAGAACUAUCAUGUGCAGUGAAAAAUGAUUAUUACAAUGAUUAUUACUUCAUGGAAAUAAGCCGCUGCACUUGGUGAUCAACUCAUCAGGGCACCCCCACCAACCAGCGGCUGCUGGAGGAGAGUGGAUGAGUUGUGUUUAGUCUCUUUGCUAAAGAAAUUAGGCAAAGUUAAAAAGAUGUUUGGUUAGGUGCUGUUCUGAGCAUUAUUUGUGGCUAUAGAGUGGCGUUUUGGUUGAGGUUUAAGCGUGGAGACAUGGACCGCUGUGUAUUGCUAUCGUGUGGUUGCAACUAAAGUUUGUAUAACUAGAAAAGCAAGCAGUCAGCAACAUUCAUCUCUUGAUGGGGUUUCUAACGCGGUGUUACAGUGUGUUUGACCCUAACUCAGUUUUACUCUGGAAUAUCCCUUUAACACCAGGGUUCAAUUUGUUCAAAGCACACAGGAGUGAAAACUUGCCUCAGUAAAACUGUGUUGCUGUUUGGCAUCAUUAAUAGCACUGAAAUAGCCGUGGAUUCAUUAUGUAAUUGUACCCAGGGUGAGCUUUCAUUUUACCAAUCUCUAAGCCCAUAAUCUCUCUUUCAGUCAAAAAUCUGCCUUUGUAUAUUUUCCCAUUUUGACUAUUAAUGAAUGGGACUGUUUUAUUAGACAUGUACAAAGUCAACAAUCAUCAUCAUCACCCGUGCAUGUGUCUGUGUCAUUAUACCACCAUCCUGUGCUCUUGCUUCUGACCCUUCAGAUAACAUCACGUCCCCAACUCCAACAAAAGCCAUUUUCCAAGCAGGUCUGCUUUCUGAAAGAAUUUGUCCUGACCAGCUCUACGCGUUUCUCUCUGCAGGGUGAAGGAGCUGACAGUGGACCCCAAUCAAAUGAUGGAGGGAGGUCGACCCAACAUCCAUGCCGUUAACCAGCUGGAACUUUUGGAUGAGGAUUGGCUGAGUAUCUCGCCACAGAGAGAUGACCUCAAACUGCUCUGUGAGCAGAAUGUAAGUACAUAGUUAUAAGUGAACCUUCAGUUUAAUAGAUGGGGCACUAAGUCUAUAGCUUAAUAAACGGUGUUAACAUUUGACCUUGCACAUAGAAUAACAAGACAGGUUCCAAGGACCCGCACUGUGUUGCUUUGCCUCUUUAAAACCUUUUAAAUCCUGUUUAUAUGUCCUUGUGGCACCUGUUUACAUGUUUUCCAGGAGGAGGAAGUGUCUCCUCAGCUCUUUACCUUCCAUGAGGCAGUGUCUCAGCUGGUGGAGAUGGAAGAGCAGGUGCUGGAGGACCACCGAGCAGUUUUCCAGGUCAAGACUCUGAAGAUACCUCAUCUCGUAUUUUGUCAUUUUUACAUGCAUAUAAAUAACGGCCUUUAUUUAGUUCUUUUUAGUUUAAAUUGGUGCAAAUAUACAGAUAGGCUGUAUGGAGGUCCUGUGAUAGAUAAAUAUGCUGAUGUGUAUGCAUGUCCUCAGGAGUCCAUUCGAUGGUUGGAAGAUGAAAAAGUGCUGCUUGAGAUGACAGAGGAGGUGGAUUAUGACGUGGAGUCGUAUGCAACUCAAUUGGAGCAGAUCCUAGACCAGAAAAUAGAAAUCCUCACUGAGCUUCGAGGUUUGUCAGAGACACAGACAUACCUCCAUUGGUCCAAACAGGACUCUCCAUCCUGAUGUUCCAUAAACAUGUUCAUGACUUCUUUUCCUCUCCGUCCUCCCUACAGAUAAAGUGAAGUCGUUCCGCUCUACACUCCAGGAGGAGGAGCAGGCCAGUAAGCAGAUCAAUCCCAAGAGGCCGCGUGCUCUGUAGAGAGAGGAGGCUGAAGAGGCACAAGUGGCACAUACGACAACAUAACCACUAGAUGUUUGGCACAAUGAGCUGUCACUGUCAGCUGAGGAAACACCAAUAAAAAAGACUGUCUGAUGUACCAACAGGCUCAAUGAACUGCAUCCGUAACGGUCCCUCUCCUAACAAAACUGGCUGUUGACACACUAUGGUCUUGUUAGAAAACUUAGGGAGGAAAAUAGUCUUAUUUCCUUUCCUUUUACUAGGUUAUUUUUUAUGGAGUGUUUAGUCUCCUUUCUCUCCUCUUCUUAAAUUAUUUUCUUUUAUACUUGUUUCUACUUUCUUUGAACUGAUUUUUUUGACCUGGUUUCAAAAGAGAGCUUCGAUGAACAUGUUUUAACGUUUACCGCACAAAACCAGUCUUUGAUUUCUGGUUGCUCUGCUCUGGCUGACAUGUCUGCAUGUGCAUUAUGUAAUAGCGUAAGUACACCGCUGUCCUCGGUUUUCCCAUGUUUUUAGGUCCUCCGUUUGCAUUGUAAAGUCAUAACUCAUUACAAAUGGUCUAUUCUCAUUUUUCCUUCCUUCUCAGAGCAUUUUUCCAGUGUGGAGGAAGCCUUGAACCACAUUGAGUAUCUUUCCAUGUGCUCAUGGGAGGAUUUUAAAUGUAGUUUACUUCAGUUUGUGCCAUGUAAUUCAAUGUGGCUACUUACUAAAAAAAAAAAAACCUCUGAUUUUAAUGUAAAACAUGUUUUUCACUUGUUUAACUCUUUGUUAAAAAAAUGAAACUAGAAAAUCUGCUAUUAAUAAAUGUAUAGUAAAGACCACUGAUCCACAGUUGGUCACGUCUCUCAGUGUUUGCACCGGAUGUAAUGCUGGAUGAAGUAAUAAAGAUUCAUGUGUUUCAUUUAAAGGCGUGUGUGACAUCGAGUUAUACAGAUAAGUGG